UGACGCCUUCUUCGGAGCGCUAUUUUGAAAUAAUAAACGAGAUACAACAUGCUGCUUGGUACUUAAAUAAUGGUAUUAUAAGUGAGCUGUAGCGUAGUAGAGAGAACGACAAUACUUUUUUACAUUUAAGUUACUUUAAGCUCUACAGAGUUGUAACGUUCGAGUAUCGUGGAUUCAUGUUGAAGAUUUCAUGUAGUUUCAAAUUGUUCACAAUAGAAUACAAAAGAGAUGGAAGACUUAGAUAUAACAGAGAAUAGUUAUCUUAAAUAUGAUUGUGGACCAUCAUUUCCUAAACGGUCAAAGUUACUUGCGCCUGAAAAAUAUCUUGAAAGUAAAAAUACUAUACCAGAUUUUCCAUUGCCAAGUUUUCAUGGUUUUCCACUAGACUGUAACGAUCAGCAUCUUUUAUUUCAAAAUACCCUGCAAGAUGAAACUUCCGAAGAACAGUAUUUAAUACAAAAAAGUAUUAAAUAUCCUGGAUGCAAAUUUGGAACUGUAGAAGCAGCAGACUUUAUUAACGAGAAUUCAACUCAAAUAAAUAAGGUAUCAGGCUUGAGCUUAUAUGUAGUAAAUAACAAUGCAAAUAUUUUUCAGGAAUUAGAAACCAAAAAGCAAACGUUUCUGAGGGAUAUAGAUGUGCCAUAUCUGUUUCCCUUUGGACGUGAUACAGAAGAUACUUCAGAAAUAGUUAACAAUAGGGCUGGCAGGAAAAACGAGACUUUCACAGUGGGAGAUUUUGAAAUGGGUUUACUAGAGCCUGAUUAUAUUGUGACUCUGGAUGAAGUGGAGCCAAUCAGAAGGAUGAACAAGCUCUCCAAAUCUGGAUGUGACAAUAAGACCUCAGACCGUGCUUUUGAAAAUGUCAUUCUAAAUGCAGCCAUACCCAGUCUGGACAAAAGCUUUUCAGGGAGUCAAAGAGCCAAAGAUGAUAGGAAGCCUGAUGUACAUCAGUAUAACAUGACUGAAAAGUAUCCAAUGGUGAGCACAUUGUUUAGUGACCACAGAAAAUCUCUGCCAUCUCUCAUUGAGAAUGAUAUGCUAUGGAGUGUUUCAAAAAUGGAGGAGCAUGGAUUACAGUACAAGGGAAAUGGAGCUAGACUGAAGGCUGAUAAGAAAGACAUUGUAGAAAUUAAAUUGGAAGCAAAAGCUGAAGUUAACCAUUGCAAUGUGCAUCCUGAGAGAACUGUGACUGAGACAUCUUACCAUAUCAACAAUGCUACUGAAACUCUUGAUGUGGGAUUAAAAAAUAAUUUAGAAAGCAAGGAAAGUGCAAACAGUGUGGAUCUGCACUAUGUUGUUAGAGCGCAAUGGGAUAAUGCUUUUUGUACAGCUACGGAAAGUUUGUCUGAAUGCACUGAACAGGCACCAGGAAAGGACUCUUGGAGCGAAUCACAAAUUCCAGAUGAUGCAAUGAAUGUAGCAAAAGUAACUGAGUCCCUCAUCUACAGUGAAACUGGCAUAAUAGUACAAAAUAAACCUGUUGCAUCAGAUUCUACUGUGGUGUUGAUGGAGCAUCGGUUUAAAAAAACACAGGAAAAAACAUAUUUGGAUAAACAUAUUUUGUCAGACAUAGUGACAAUUAAAACAAUCUCUGGUAUCAAUAAGAAAGAUAAAUUGGAUGGUUUGUCCUUUGUGGAGAGAUGUAUAGUAAAAAAUAGACAGCUUUUAUUGUCAACACACAGAGAUAUAACUAUUGACAAACAUAAGGAAGGAGAGUUACUUGCUGCUGCCACUGCCAAUGAUGCAGUAGUACCUAAGUGGGAUUCACGUCAAGGGAAUGAACAAGAGAACAGUCUGAAGAACCAUGCUCAGUUACCUGUGCCUUUCAGCUCUGACUUGGUUCCUGCAAUUUUUGAUUCCCACUUGACUCCUAAAACACCAAUAGAAUCCAGCCCUCUUCUCAACAAAUCAACUGUCAGAGAAUGUACCAUAAUGUUACAGUCUCGUUCUGAAGUAGCUCAGCCUUCACAAGAGGUUAUUCAGAAUCAUACUAAGCCACUUGUAGAUUUACAUAAGACUAACACAGUUGCAGAAAAUGAGUGUGUUAUUUUUCAGGAUGGAUCCACCCUUUGCAGCAUCAAUAAUAAGGGCUCCACUGAAAGUGUCCAUUAUGAAAAAUCCCUAAACAAUGACAUCUUUGACAUAAGGUUGGGGAAGCAGGUAGUCAGACAAGGUAGAACAGAACCGUUGGAAGGGAAAAAUUGCAUUUCAAAAUCUGACGACAAUGUCACACCUACAUUUGAAGCUAAGGAAAACUUUGACUUGGUACAGAAGGGGCCACUUCAAUUUCUAGAAAAACAUACGGACACACAUAUGCUAUUAAGACAGAAGCCUUGUAAAAUGUUAUUGAUUAAAGGGCCUGAGGAGCAAGUCUCUGAGCAGCAAAUUGACCCCAUGUUGAGGAACCCUGUAGAGGAAAAGAAAGAAAGCACAGAUAAAGAGAUGAAUAGCUGUAAUAUGACAGCUCUUAGAAGGCAGAAAAAAACUACACCUGACCGACAUGGCUGUGAAUAUGAGCAGGAGGUGCCUUUGGAAUGUGGCCAUCUAACAACAGAGUUAGAAGAUUCAAUGUACUCCACUGUCAAGCAUAAGGGAUGCAAGAAGGUUUUGGAUGAACGUAAAAAAUGGACUCCUGCCUUCAUAUCUCUUGCCUCCUUUAAUGGACAGAAUCAAAUGUUGCCUGAACAGCCCAGAAGGCUGGAGCCUUUGAAGACUUGCAGUCGGCCAAUAAGAGUCGGCCUUUCCAAGAGGGCCAAACCCAAGCAGCUUCACAGCUAUCUAAAGUGAGGCUGUACAAGAAGACACUAAUUCACGCGCAAGGUAUUGAUUCUAGUUUAGCCUGACAUAUCAAAGUUUUUAGCAGACAACCUUGAUGUGUCUUAUAAUCGUCAAAGGGACAUUGGCAUUGCUGUCUAAUUUAUUUCCAAUAAAUCACAUAGUUUGGACAGUUGCUCAAUUCUUUACAGUAUAUGAUGGUCUCAUUCAUAAAAACAGCCUUUCUGUAGUAUGUAUUUCCUUGUUAUUUCAGUGUGCAUGAUAUUGUACCCUCAAGUUGGAAGAAACUAUUAGAUACUGAUGCAAAAUUCUGCGAGUUUAAUGUUUAAGUUACUGUUAAGAGCGCAUUAGUUGUAUUAGACAUGAGGAGCGAAUACACAAAUAUAUGAUUGCAUUCAACUCAAUGAUUGGACAUGGAGAUUCUGGAAAUCUUGGUUGCAACCAAAAUAUAACCAUCAAUCUUUGGUUCUUACUGCUGCCUUAGGUUAUGUUGAAAUACAGCUAGUUUGCCUUAUUUGUUCCAGUAAGAAUAGAAGCCUCUGUUUAAGUCUUUAUUUAUUCCUGGGAUUCUGGUCUUAUUUAUCUACUUAUUUAUAAUUCACUUCAUCUUUACAUUAACUUGUCAUCCUGUUGUCUAUGUUCACUGUCUGCAGGAGCACAUGCAAGCAAGCAUUUCAUUGUACACGGCACUCGUACCUUUA